GGUAGGUUGUGGCGGUUUCCCAGGUUGUACGUGGAGGGGGUUGAGGAGUCUACGGGUGUCCCGACGAUGUCCUGACAAGGCGCGGGAACGGCAGUGACAACGUGCAGAACCCUCCCCAACCAGCAAAGGAGGUGAAAGGAGCCGCUCAGCCCCCGAGGAAAGUCAUAGCGGCGCUGUGUUGAGACAGGGGGCUGCUGCCAUUGGAGCUGUGGGAUGAGGCGGCAGAAGAGGUCUGGAAGACCUGGUGAUGUGUUCCUCCCUUCAGCUGGAGACCUUUGAAGAGAUCCCCGGAGGAGGCCCCGCCGCUUCUGCAUGACACAGGCAGGCUGCUGCGGCUGAGGCCUCCCGGCGGCCACAGAGCCCCUCGAAGAGCCAGGAUUCUGACUCGACGCCGGUGAAUUCCUGCCUGUCCUUCAGCUGAAGAAGGGAAAAAGAAGCGGGGCACGCACGGUCGACGGGGCUUCACUUCUGGCUUCAGCAGGAAACUGGGCUUCAAUCCUCGGGUCUUGUCCUUCCCCCAUUCGCUGGAGGAAAGGGGUCAGAGGGAUUGACUGCCGGGACUUUCACCGACUGCUCUGAUCUUUCCCCUAAAGGCAUACCGGGCUUUAUUGCACGGAAGACUGGAACCUGAGACAAGAUAUCUGCCCCGACCCAGCUCCCGGAGAACCCCCAUGAAGCAUUGAAGCAAAGCAUCCUCAAAUGCUUUGAGAAGUGAGUGACCUAUGGAGGAUUGAAGGACCACCAUCCCUUCCCCCCACCCAUCUCCUAAGGAAAAGGGGCAUCCUUGCGACCCUAAAAUCUGCCUUUGGACGGGCCGUAGGCAAACCAUCUUUUUCAGAAGGAACAUUCGCAUACAGCUGGUGCAGGCCAUGAAUAGCAGCAGCACUUCCCACUCUUCAGUUCCCAGAGUCGGGUAUCUAGGAGAUCAGUAGAGGAAAGGUGGGGGUGGGGUGGGAAGCAGCACCAUGGCUGCUGCCAGCGGCUAUACCGACUUACGUGAGAAGCUCAAGUCCAUGACAUCCCGGGAUAACUACAAACCCAACAGCCGGGAGGCUGCCGUGGUGGCCGUUGCUGCUGCGGCUGCAGCUGCGGAGCCCUACACCAUCCCGGCCAAACGUAAAUACCACGAAGACUCAGAUUCAGAGCGCAGUGACUACGAGGAGCAGAAAGAAGAGGAGGCCCGAAAAGUGAAGAGUGGCAUCAGGCAAAUCCGCCUCUUUAGCCAGGAUGAAUGUGCCAAAAUCGAGGCCCGCAUCGACGAGGUGGUGUCCCGAGCAGAGAAAGGGUUGUAUAAUGAGCACACGGUGGAUCGGGCUCCCCUUCGCAACAAGUACUUUUUUGGAGAGGGCUAUACCUAUGGAUCCCAGCUGCAGAAGCGAGGUCCCGGUCAGGAGCGGCUCUAUCCACCUGGGGACGUGGAUGAAAUCCCGGAGUGGGUACACCAGCUGGUGAUACAGAAGCUGGUGGAGCACCGUGUCAUCCCUGAAGGCUUUGUCAACAGCGCAGUAAUCAAUGACUACCAACCCGGAGGCUGCAUUGUCUCACAUGUGGAUCCUAUCCACAUCUUUGAGAGACCCAUAGUGUCUGUCUCUUUCUUCAGUGACUCCGCCCUCUGCUUCGGCUGCAAGUUUCAAUUCAAGCCCAUCAGGGUCUCUGAACCAGUGCUGUUCCUGCCUGUGAGGAGAGGGAGUGUGACAGUGCUCAGUGGAUAUGCUGCUGAUGAAAUCACCCACUGCAUACGACCGCAAGAUAUCAAGGAGCGUCGAGCUGUCAUCAUCCUUAGGAAGACGAGACUUGAUGCCCCACGAUUGGAAACAAAGUCCCUGGGUAACUCUAUGUUACCCCCUGGUUACACUUCUGAUCGUCUGUCAGGAAGCAACAGGGACCAGAUCCUAAAACCAAAGCGGUCCCACCGAAAAGCAGAUCCAGAUGCUGCUCAUAGGCCACGAAUUUUAGAAAUGGACAAGGAAGAGAACCGGCGUUCUGUCCUCCUACCAAAACACAGGAGGAGGAGCAGCUUCAGCUCUGAGAACUAUUGGCGAAAGUCUUAUGAGUACACAGAGGACUGCGGAGAGGAUGAUGGGAGCCCAGCCCGAAAAGUGAAGAUGAGGAGACACUGAGAAAUGAGCAAAAAGACUCAAGCUGCAGAAACCAGCCUCCCUUCUGUGAAAACUUUCUUUGGCUGUUUCUCAUAGCUUUUUUUUUUUUAAGAGUUUUUUUCUUCAUUUUAGGGCUGAAGAAAGGAACUGGGACAGGAUCCAGAUUUUUUUUUUUGUUCACUUAUUUUCCUGAAUGGAAAUGAUAUUGAGGCAUCUUUGUUGCUGGGGAGCAUUGGUUACCACCUGGUCAGUCAAAUGGGCACUUUGCCCUAACCAAGCAGAUAAAGUUCAAGCUGUGCUAGGCUGUGUUUAUUUAAAACACCAAAAAUGUUUUACUGUUUCACUGCUGAAGAUUCAAGAAAUUAGUCCUUUUGCUUUAAUUGUAAAUUUUUUUAAACGUUCUAAAUAUAUUGUUUGACCCCCUAGAGUUGAAACUUGGUCAUGGCCUCUUCAUGCUUUACCAACUUUAGAGUAGGGCUUGCUAAGCCCUAAGUCUCCUGUUGAUUCUUUUCUCUAACCUGCCAUUUGGUAACUGGAAUCUUGAAGUUUGCAAAUUGUUUUUCCUGCAACAGAUUUCCAAGUUGCUUAGGACAUCUAGCUGAUAGCUUAUGUGGCCACUGCACCAAGUUCUGUUUUCUCCCAGAUGUGCAGUUGUCAUACUUUCUCACCCAGUUCUUGACCAUUCCCAGCAGCCCAGGAAAAAGGUGGGGGGAAGGUGGUACUGGAACAGAGCCCUUCGCUUAAAUAGCAUGAUUUUGUUCAUAGGUAUCUCCUUUCAUGCAUUUGGACAUAUGUGUGAAUAUUUGGAUAAGUUAGAGUCUUCUCAUGUUUUGGUCGGUUUUAGAAAUUUUUCUAGCAAGGAGGACUGAUGUCCUUCCAAGUCUAGGGUUUGGAAUAUGGAAAAGUGUCAUGGCGUGUGGUGGGUUUUUGUCUAAUCUUUUUUGUCUUCACCCUUUUGCUUCUUUCCUGAUGAGGACCUAGCCUGGGAGAGGUCUCCGUGUUACAUGUUCAACAUUCGGCAGUCUAUUUUCUAGGUCCCCCUUAGAGAAAGCGCCUCCUUCUCUAUCCCCUCCCCUUAAGACAAGGACUUCAGAGGGUAUCAGCUUUUGAAAAUUCUCUUUUUUUCUCUCUUCUUUUAGUCUUUUAAUUCUUAUAGAAGGGGGCAUUUCCACAGGUUCUCAUGGCUUAGUGUUGGCCAUGAGGAGAGAUGAGGGCUCUGAUGGAAAUUUAUAUUUCAUCCUGGAUUAUUUCCUUUGUCAGUUUCUUGGAAGGGUUGUGAGAGUUGUGAGUAAUGGGAAGAGCCUUUUUAAUACAUUUUUUAAAUUUAACAAAAAAACUUUAGCAACUUUCGAUGAGUCAGGCCUGUUAAAACUGAAGUCUUACUCAUUUUGAACUGCUAGGAAUUCUUAGUAGAAACAGGGCUCCAUUGGCCAUAAAGAUGACUCAGGAGAAACCUGACUCCUGCUGCUGAGACCUUAACUUUCUUUUCCCACCUGAUCUUGCUCUCUGUUCUGUCCUAUUGACUUAACUUGUCUGAGGCCUUGAAGGCUCUGGAGGUUUGGGGUCUAGUGAUAAAUUUAGAACCCUCUUUUGAAAUAUAAAUUUAAAAAAAACUUCUCAGAUUUUGAUUCCUUGAAUCUGGAUUUAAGUACUAAAGCAGUUGCAGCUUUAUUUUUUUUUUACAGCUUUUUUCCCCCAAAAAUUAUUUGUAGUUUUGUGUGUUUGGCACUUUGCUAUGAUCUGUGUGCUCUACAAUAAAAACAAAAUCUAAUAUAUUUUGAAACAUAUUGUCUGAUGCUGUCCUAAAGAGUGACUUUAUUUUGUUAAGUUCCCCUUCUCUACCAUACCCCCUUUUUGAAAAGGGGAUCUGUUGUUCCCUGUCAGUUUGUGAGGGUGGAACCAUACUGCCUGCAUGUAGCUGAGAGGAUCCUUUCACCCAGAAUAAGUUAGUUGGUAGUGUCUAAGUAGUCUGCUUCACUGAAGGAAAGAGAAGAUAUUGUUUAGGUAGAUUGAAUCCUGACCUAGGCAGAGGUAGUCCUGAGGGAGCACUUUGUCUCUUGAAAGGCUUACAAAAUCCAGGCAGGUUUAGGGUAGGUAGUGAGCCAUCUCUGUGUAAAUCCAUUGCCCCAUGACACAUACACCACCCUCAGAAAAUAAUAGCAUCCUUCAGUAUCCAUCAGGGCCCCAGAUGACCCUUAUUGGUGGCUUGCCAACUACAGAUUAUAUCAUAGUGAUGUUUAUCCAUUCUUUAGUUACCUAGGUCUGGGGUGCCAUGGUAGCCUUCUAAGUGGCAGAUUGUUACCACUUUCUCACUUGCCCUUGAUAGAAGAGGUAAGGAAAAAUAACAGUGAAUGUUGUGGGGAUCUUCCUCUUCCAAGUUGAGUACUGGGCAUCACCAUGUUCCAAAAUAUUCUGUGAAGUUACCUGUGAAGUCAGACAGGUAGCUGUUCGGCUGGAGGGGAAGGCCUUUUCAAACAGACCACAAGGCUUGGAGUUUUCUCUAGAAAAGCUGAGGGCCAACUUGGUAGGUGGCCAGAUGGGUCUCAAUCGCUUGAUUUGUAUUUGGGUCUGACAGAUCUUGUUCUUCAUCUCCAUUCUUUAUUUAGUGUAUCUGAAGUGCUAAAGUGAAGGGGUGGAGAGAAUAUCGGUCUAUCUCUUUUUAGGAAGAAAGUUUCCCCGCCCCAAGGUAUCUUAAAUGUCUCUCGGAUAAACCAGAGACAGACACGUUUGGCUAUGUGGUGUGGAAAAGUAGGAGAUCUGAACAAGCAGGAACCCUAGUGCAGUCUCUUCUGUGGACUCUUUGAACGGCGCAAGUAGGAGCUAAUACAUGUUGAUUUGAAUUGAAGGGGGAAGAGCGCAGCAAUGGAGUUAGUACAACGGGGUAUUUGAUUUAUGAAUUCAGUCAGACCCUUAGAAGCGCAGAAUUUCCUUUUGUGUUUCAGCUCUCAAGGCCUCCUACUUCUCAGUCUCCCGCUAUCUUCUAGGGUAUUAAUAGACAGUUCACUUAGGUGUUAUCAAAAACCAACUGGAGGGAGCUCAUAAUAGAGGCAGAGCCUAGGACAGCAUGCCCACAGCUUCCCCUGGGCGCUCUGGCUGUGUGUAAAAGGCAGUGGCACUCGACGGCAGCAGCGAAGGGAGCCCUGCAGAAUGAAAAGGACUUGAAACAAGUGAGUCCAUUUGUCUGGCCUCUUCUUAAGCAAAACUGUCUUAGAGAGCAGAGGAAAGAUUUUCAAAGCAACCUUGACCCACUGAUACCAAGAGCAUUGGCAGUGAACAUCAGGACUGAGACAGGCCUGAGACCUGGGCUUAACCAGACCCAUGAGGAAGAAAGUGGAGAAUUAAAGGCUCUGGCUAGAAGUGUCGGUGAUUACAGUGUCAUGUGUGAUUUGGGGUUAAUCAAACCUUUGAAAACCUUGGCCUCGGUCACCUCUAGAGAGCACAAAUGGUGGCAAUGGUACUGAGAUACAUAUCCCACUUCUCCCUUUUGAUCUCUUGACUCUUCCCAUCCUCCCCUCCCCCAGCUCAACCAUAUGAUAAUAUCUAGGUAUUUUUAAUUCCAGCUAAGUAAACAAACCACUGUAAAAAAUCCAGACUGUUGGAAAGGGCUUGAGGGUUUGACUAGGGAAGGACCCCACAAAUGGGAGGGAGGGUCAUGGCCAGCACUAACCUGGAGGUCCUCAAGCGGGUGGCUUGUGGGCCCCUCCGCAGACAGCCUCAUAGCCAAUUUUCCCCAGGCCUUGUGCCCUGGGUGGAGAAAAUCUCAACUUUCAGGUUGUACUGUGAGGAAUUCAAUCUUGCUGUCAUCUUGGCCUUGUUUGAAAUGUCAAAUGUUUCUUCCCCUCCUGCCUUGGGAAUUUCCUUUUAAUGAGCCCCUUUCUUAUAGCUGGGCACUUACUGAGAGGAGCAGGGGAAGGAUGGGUGCAGUCUUUGAAAAGAACUUUAUUACAAAAGUGGCAAUAUUUAUUUUCUUUAAUAUUUCAUAGAAGUAUAGUUUGUUACAGAGCUAUACAGUGCAAAACCCAGAGAUGCACUGGGGCUGAGGGGAUGCCUGUUGGAUAUGGGGCAGCUUGUCAUUCUAGUUAAUUCUGAGAAUUUUAGCUGGGCCCCCCACCGUUUGUAUAAAAUGUUACAUUUAAUGUAAUAAAAGCAGGAAGCACUG